GCCGGCUUUUGCACCGCGAGCUGGUGCACCCCGACGCCCUGAACCGCUUCGGCAAGACGGCGCUGCAGGUGAUGAUGUUUGGCAGCCCCAGCAUUGCGCUGGAGCUGUUGAAGCAGGGCGCUAGCCCCAACGUCCAGGACGCCUCUGGCACGGCCCCGGCCCACGACGCGGCGCGCACCGGGUUCCUGGACACCCUCAAGGUCCUCGUGGAUCAUGGAGCCGACGUCAACGUGCCGGACGGCGCCGGGGCGCUCCCCAUCCACCUGGCCGUGCGGGAGGGCCACGCGGCCGUGGUCAGCUUCCUGGCCGCCGAGUCGGAUCUGCAGCACAGGGACGCCCGGGGGCUCACGCCCCUGGAGCUGGCGCGGCAGAGAGGGGCUCGGGACCUCUUGGACAUCCUGCAGAGGCACGCGGGGGCCCCGCUGUGACCCAGGGCCAGCGGCUCCAGCCAGAGAAACCCCGCUGGGUCAUUUGUCAGAAGAGGAGGGGGAGGCACACACACACACACACCCCACUUUCUCUUCUGGCUGCGUGCGUGGGCGGAGGCGCACGGUGUGUGGCUUCUGGGUGUUGAUUGCUGGGUGUGCGCGCGCGUUUGGGGAACGUUUCCCGUUUGUUUUUCUCACCCCUCCUGGUGCGUUGGACAGAGGAGGGCUCCUGCCGUCACAGCCUAAACGGUUCGGUUGCCUGUGCGCCCCAGGCUGCAGAAGCCCCGGGCCCUGCGCGGGGGUCGCGGCUCCCAGGGAGGCCUGCUGGGGGCACGGGAGGGGAGGGGAGGUAGCAUGAGUUUAUCUUUUUUUGUUGUUGUUGUUGUUGGAAACUUGUUUUCCAGUCUCUCUGUACAGCGUUCGGGGAAAAAAAAAACCCACAUAGAUUCUAUUUAUUAAGCUUUAUGGAAGAAAUUGUUGCGUGUGAUAAUUUAAUGUUUUUACUCAUUAAAUUAAGACUUGGUGCAUGA